AUUGCACUUUGGAGGUCACAAAUGGCGGACACGAAGGAGAUUGCCUCUUCUGAAGAAGGAGUUCAAGAUGAUCUCCUGUCAUCUAAAGAGAAGAAGAGAAUUUCUGAGUACAUUGGAAAUGUCAAGCUGGAACAGGGUGUAGAGUCCAUUGGAUCUGAAAAGCUUGCCAAAGAAGAAGCAGAACAGAAAGUGUCUGAAGAUGAUGGUGACAAAGAUUUGUGUCUUCCUGGAUGUAAGGGCUGUCAUAUGGCAAUGGCUAGGGCAGUCAAGAAAAUCCUAGAGCGACCUCUUCCUGAUGAUUGGAUGGUAAGUAGCUGCAUGCCAAUGAAUUGAACUUCUUCAUUUGUGUUCAUGUACGUGAACUUUUCAUUCUAUAAACCUUCGAAGUGAUUUCUUGCAUAUAUAAUUAUCUAUAGGCACGA